CAAAGACGAAAAACUAAAUUCGGAGGGCUGGUGAUUUCUCAAAGAAACAUAGAAAGGUACAAACUGAUAGAGUUUGCGCCUCAGUCAUGGCUGCUGUGAUAUUAGGGGCAAUCCCCGUGGGUGGUGAAUGCAGUGAAGUUGCUGUAGUCGUGGGAAAGAAGACUGCACUCAUCCUUCCAAUCACCAUCACUGACAACGCACUGGAGAGAUGCGGAGAAGUGGUGAAACUGUCGCUCCAAGAGGCGGAUGCCAAGCCAGUAGCUGUGCAGACGGCUGCAUCGGCUAGCAAUGUGAAAACCGACGACAAUGGAGAGGAGACUGCGGCGGAAGAGGGUCAAGGGCGCCACACGGUAGCGUCAGCUGCAUUCAGCUCCUCUGGCCAGCUGCUGGCGGUGUGUGGCGAUGGCCGCAACGUGAAUGUAUUCUGCACCACAUCAUGGACCAAGGUUCACCACUGGCCGGCCAAGCGUCGUGUGUGCACACUCCGCUUCUCUAGCCACGGGGAGGAUCUACUUCUAGCCGAUAAGACUGGUGACAUUUAUCGGUUCAAAUGUCGUGAGGAAUUCUCGGAGUCGGGAGAACUCAUCCUGGGUCACAUCUCCGUUCUGCUGGACAUCGGCAUCUCAUUGGACAACAGACACAUCUUCUCCUGUGAUCGGGAUGACAAGAUUCGUGUCAGCCGAUACCCCAAUGCAUACAACAUUGAAGCUUUCUGCCUCGGACACACCCAAUUUGUCAGUUGCAUCGCCACCUCUGCCAAAUACCCAGAGUGUAUCUUCUCUGGCUCAGGGGAUAGCAGCAUCAUUAUGUGGCAGUAUCGAUCUGGAUCAUUGCUGUCCAAGCUCGAGUUACCGGAGAAAGAGCCUGUUUGUGUCCUGGCCGGAUCAUCAACUGGAUGCAUUGCUGCUGCUCAGGAGAAGUCUUUACUGAUUCAUAUCGUAGCGGUAGAUGACGGGUCUCUUCGGAUCCGCCAAUCCAUCGCCGUGCAGCACACCGUGGUGAGCAUGUCGUUCAGUCAAGACGCCAACACACUGUGGGUUGCAGUGAAUAACCCUGAACAGCCUCUGCUUGUCUUCAAUACAGCAGUCGCUAGUGAUACAGAGGUGAAAAUGGCUACCCUCCAGCCGUUGUUACAAGAGUCUCUGGCAGAUACCAAAGGCCCUCUUGAAGGUUCCCUCCACUGUCGUCUUGACAUAGAGAUGCUUUCCAAAGACCCAAUGGAUGGGAUGCAUCGCUACUUUGAGCGCAAGCAGGAGCGCCUGCAAGGUGCGACAGUUGGCGCAAGAUGAACGUGUCCUUUCCUAACUCUAUAUGGAUGAAUGCCACACAUACGCAGGUGCAGGUGAAACACAAAACUGCCUCAUAUUCAGCAACUGUGAGUUGAGCUCUUCAGAUCAUGGAGACUCAAGUUUCAGGAUAGUGCCCCUCACUCAGUCACGGAGCAUUUUUUAGCAUUCUCUGCUACAUCGAAGUUUCAGUGUACCCGAAGAUUAUUCUUUGAGGAUAGAUGCAUACAAGUGGUUAUUUUGCCAUAUUCCAGUCAAGGUACUUUGAAGUAGAUAGUCGACUUAUUUUGCUUUCUUGAAGUGGAACUGGCCGUAGUGUCUACUCAAUUUCCUGAUGAGAUUCACGAUGCUGGGUACUAUUAUGGCGUAUGCCCUGAGUGUACGCAGCCGUGCUUACCGCUACAUGUGCUUCUAAGUAUGACCAGCCACUGCAAGGACACUGUGCAGGUUAUGUCCUGGUCUACAGUUUUCACUCUACGUGUCUGUCAAACUAUUGCUAGCCUGAGGUUGAGAUGAUCAAACAGUGAAAUGAGAAUCUCAUUUUCCAAGAGUC